UUCAAGGGUUAGGUGUAACAAGUCGUUCGGUGUAAUGCAGCGAGCUGCCGACGCGCCGAAUGCCUGCCAAUAUUGCAACCUAAUGUGUUACGCCAAAGGGCGAUUAUACCGGCUAUACAGAUACAGAUACCGUGUGUUCUACGUCAAGAUGAUGUCAAACUCAGGAUACAUAUACAUAUUAUGACGUAUGUGGGGAGGGGAUAGGAAGGAAAAUGGCCAACUGAUGUCAGAGAUACCAAGAGGACAUAGACAGUGGACACCAUACUAAAUGCUUGGACCUGUGAUAUUUAGACAGAAGCUGGAAGAUCGUAAAUGUUUAUCUUAUAGUUCCAUAUCACAAACGAUAGAGAAAAGCUCUUAAAUGUGGCAACACAUUUUUUACUGAAAUAUGGUCUGUUGAUAUAAAGAACGAUGAACCGACGUUUUAUCUGGGCUAACAGCAUGCACGAGGAAGGGUACUUCACUGACUUGAAAAUGACUCAGUACUGCCAGGUACUUUGCGGUUUGUUUCCAUGGGGGAAUCUCGGCCUGUUUGAACUCUUGAAAAGGUAAACCGGAAGGAAGAAAAAGAGCGCCAGAAUCCAUAGACAGACAGAAGGCGUUGCGAUAAGGGAGAGUUAUGGCCUGUUCUGUAGACUGAUGGGGGGUCACGUAAGUCUACGGCUUACAGCAAAACACCGAGCAACAACGAGGAGAUAAGAUACGCCAUUCAUCAUGCCAAUGUGGUGGUGUGAAUGUGGAGGAAGCUAAGAAAUAAGUGCAUAAUUCGAGUCUGUAAUGCAUGCCGUUUUUCUUUCCCACAGGACCGAGUGCGAUGCUUCCGUCCAUCGGUGAUAAUUCUGCAUGCGCAGUUAUCGACCAUAGCAGCCUGGGUAGAGACAUGGGGAACUUCAGCACGAAGUACGUGGAGGUAGUGGAGCACAUUUUCCCGACCUGCCUGUACAACUCCUGGAUUGUGAUCGUCAUCUUAUACCUGUGGAUCUGCAUGAAGCGUGUCAAGCAAGCCGACACUCCUGAAUUUGUGUCCAAGGACUCGUUACUGAAGGCGUACUUUCAGGAGAAAUGUUUCGGACUGCAGACCGUCCUGGUGCCCACGGUGUGGGCCCACAGCUGCCAUCUCCAGACGGCGUUAGCGAUGAUCGUAUCGCCCGACUCUCCUAUACGAUUUGUGCGGGAGUACCUGGAGAUGAAGGACGGUGGAAUCAUUGGUCUAGACUGGGACGUUACUAACUCCACUGAUAAACCCGUGAAUGGACCUAAGAAGACGAAAGCGCCGUCCCGGCCCAUCUUGCUGAUUGUGUACGACACGUUAGCGACCGGUGCGGGGAUAGACAGAGUCUGUGCCGAGGCCGGGAAGCAAGGGUUCCAGGCGGUGGUGUUCCGCCGGCGCGGACAGGACUACGUCCCCCUCACCACGCCCAGGCUACAGAGUUUCGGGGAUCCCUCGGACUUACGGGAAGCCGUGGAAUAUAUCAAGGCAGUGGAACCGAACUCGGAAAUCGUCGCUCUGUCCCUCAGUGCUGGCUGUGGGCUUCUGUUCUCGUAUCUCGGAGAGUACGGCUCCUCUACUCACAUAGCCUCUGCCGCUUGCAUUUCUCCAGUCUACUCGGCUAGGGAAUUUUAUGACUCCUCUUCUAUUCCGAUCUGGUGGCAGAAACUGUGGCUGCAAAGACAGAAACUUGUAUACAUGAGGCACUCUACAGUCUUAUACGACAAUGAUAGUGACUAUACCCAAUGUGAACUCGCCAUGAGAAGUAGAACUUUGUCAACCUUCCACCAAAGAGUUCACGUCAGAUUAAACGGCUACAGCUCGUGGGAUCUGUACUGGGCCGAGAAUGAACCCUUGAGGGACGUAGACGAGGUGGCCACACCUUUGCUGUGUGUAAGUAGUAAGGAUGACCCGCUGGUGCCUGAAGACAGCAUCCCUGUAGAGCUGUUUCAGACGUACCCUCACUUCUUCCUGGCUCUGACGCAGAAGGGCGGACACUGUGGGUUUUUCCAGGGACUCUUUCCGUCCUCGUGGUCUGAAAGACUUGCGGUAGAAUUCCUUAAAGUUUCACUUGAUGCGGACUUUAGAAAAUCUCUAUCAACGUCAUAAGAGUCAGAUAAUGUAUUGUUACCUUGUUAC